ACCAAGUGAUCCGAACGAUUGCAACAUUCCUCAACAAGUACUGGCAGCUGUCGUUUAUGCCCAGGCACCUAGAUUGUCCAAUCAAAAUCCGCCUACUGGGCGUUGGGAGCCAAUAGGAGCUAGAGCGUGGUGUCCAUGUUGGCUUGGGAAAGGGCGUUUUGUCUCUACUUUAAGCGUUGGCUUUGGACUUCUUAUUACGCAGAAGCCUUUUUACCUGCAUAGGACGCUGCACACUUCUGCACCAGUAGAACUCUUCCAAAAUGAGCACCACAUGUCCAGUCAACCAAGAGGUGAAGAAGUUUAAAAAAGCUAGUCUGAAGAAGACUCAAGUGCAAGAAAAAAACCCUCUUCCGACGACUCAGGUAAUUGAUGAUGAGAAGCAAGCCAACGAAGAGAAAGCUCAGAAAGAGCCAAUCAAUGCAGAGGUGGAGAAGUUCAAUCCAGACUUGCUCAAGAAGACUGAAACAAAAGAAAAAAACCCUCUUCCGACUAAAGCUGUAAUUGAUGAUGAGAAGAUAGCCAUCGUAGAGAAAGCUCAGAAAGAGCCAAUCAAUGCAGAGGUGGAGAAGUUCAAUCCAGACUUGCUCAAGAAGACUGAAACAAAAGAAAAAAACCCUCUUCCGACUAAAGCUGUAAUUGAUGAUGAGAAGAUAGCCAUCGUAGAGAAAGCUCAGAAAGAGCCAAUCAAUGCGGAGGUGGGAGAGUUUAAUCCAAAAACGCUCAAGAAGACUGAAACCAAAGAAAAAAACCCUCUUCCAACUAAAGCUGUAAUUGAUGAUGAGAAGCAAGCCAACGAAGAGAAGGCUAUGAAAGAGCCAAUCAAUGCAGAGCUGGAGCAGUUCAAGACGCAGACGCUCAAGAAGACUGAAACCAAUGAGAAAAACCCUCUUCCAACUGCAAAAGAUAUUGCAGAAGAGAAGAAAGCCAAGUAACUGAAAUACAUCUGCCAUGAUUCCUCUCUCUGCCCUGCCCGUUACCUGCUUGUCCAGCAUCUCCACCUCGGCCUGUUUUCUGUGCCGCCAUGUUUGAUUAGAAAUGGUGUUUGGGCUGAUGCUAUGGGGUAAGAUCUGUAAUCCCAUGUAAAUGCUUUUUCCAUGCUGUUUAGAAAGGGUUUAAUGGAACAAAAAUGAAUUAUUGUACCAAUGGGAAGCCAUAUAAGAUGUUGCAUUGUCAACAAUACCACCAAUAUUCUUGUAAAUGUUAACAUUCAGAAAAUGUAAUGAAAAAUAACAAGAUGUUUUUUU